AUGGGUUCCUGGAAGUACUACAUCAACGGCAUCCUGGUGGACAGGAACGUUGAAGGUGUGGCUAUCGUGGGCCUCUCUGACAACAAGUGCAUGUGUGCAGCCAAGCCAGGAGGGCUCCUUGCAGCCAUCUUGCUGAUUACGGGCCAGGAUCGGAAAACGUUCCUGCUAACGGGAAUCACCAUAGCUGGCAAAACGUGCAGCGUGAUUUGUGACAACCUGCUGGUGGAUGAAGACAGCGUGAUGGAUGUCAGAAGCAAAGGCAGUAACAGCAAAGCCAUCUGUAUUGGCAAGACCCCCAAAGACCUGAUCUUCCUCAUGGGCAAGAAGGGAGUCCAUGGAGGAGCCCUCAACCAAAAGGUCCACGAUAUGAUUGUGGGCAUGAACGCAUGA